CGGAGUUUGUUUUGAUUUGAUAUUUUCUGUUGAAAUAGAAAAUGCAUACAAUUAAUAGUUGAACCUGCGUUUCUUUAUACCCCGUGGAAAGACAAUCGAGUUAUUUCGCGUUGGGCUAUUUGGAAAUCAAACAUUUGUCGCGCAAUAGUAGCGACCUGCUGUCAAUUUAAAGUUUAAAAAAAUGUUGCCUUUUAACUAUUUUAAUGUAAAAACAAAAGUUGAUGGAGUUCAGCCUAGCUUUCAUCCAGUGCGUACAAAUAAGGAAAAUCCAAUUGCAUGUAAAUGUACUGGUGAUGCACGGAGGACGGAGUAGUGUCGCUUUGGUAGGCUAUACUUUCACUCUCGGAGUGGGUCCUGUACUCACCCGGCUGCCAGUUGACCCAAACAUUGAUCAGAGGUGCCCGGCGACAUUGCCCAGAAAGUUCCCAGCAUCACCAGCCCAAGGAAAACUGGAAGAACCGCAUCGCGAAAGUAGAUUCAUUUUAAACCAUAAAGCUCCGUUCCUUUAAUAUACUAAACCUGGAAGAUGUCGCAUCAGUUUAGUUUUUCUGUAAGUUAUACAAACAUACGUUUUUACAGUAUAAUUAUAUAUUUAGGUUAAGUAAUGGGUAAUAUUAACCUAUACGUGCUCAGGCUUAAUGUUUGAGAAUUAUGCAUAUAAUUAGCAAAGAAUUCCAAAAUGAAAUGUUAUUGAAUAUUUUGCCAUACGACUCUGAUCACUUAUAUAUUUUAAAGCCAAUUUUAUAAUUUUUCACCCUGGAGCACAAAACUAAGAAGCAUUAGCAAAACGCAGCAAAGCACAGCAUGGUUCAAAAUAAUCUAAUUUUCUUGUAUGCCAAAAAUCAAGGGGGUGAAGAUCAUGUUGCAUGAAGAUAGUUGUAAACUUCGUAUCGUAAAUAAAUCAAAACUCAGCUUUUAAUUAGUAAUAUGCAUUGCUAUUUGGAUUAACAGCGAUCGUUUGCUGUUCGUAGAUUUCACGUCUGAAAGACGCAUGCGCGUGAUUUCCGGUCGUAAAUUCAUUCUAUGUGCAGGUACGCGUAUCGAAAAAAUGAUGCGAUGGACAAGACAACGGUCACAACUAUUUCAAAAACCACUCAGUACAUUACAAUCGCCAUGUUCUUAAUGGCAUGCUUUACCAUCUACAUGUGCUGCAACUCAACCAAACAUUUGUUCGGCAAAUCCAUCGCCGCACGCGUCCAGAUAAACAACAUCAGUGCAGAAACUUGCCUCAGUGUUCUUAAGACGCAGAACUACAAGUGUGCCGCGAACACCACCCCGGACGAACAUCUGAUAGGAGCGUCUAAAGAGAAAGAAGAACCAGACACACUUCUGUUGAUCUGGAUGUGGCCUUUCCGGGACAGAUUUGAAUUGGCACCCUGCAGUUCGGCCUUCGAUAUCCAUGGCUGUCGUCUAACGGAUGACAGAGAUCUGUUUAACCAAGCGCAUGGGGUGAUGUUUCAUCAUAGAGAUAUCAGUAGGGAUUUAUCCAACAUGCCUCAACUCCCACGACCAGCUUUCCAGAAGUGGGUAUGGUGGAAUAUGGAGUCUCCGAGUAAUUCGUAUCCACUUCCCUUGCUAAAGGAUCUGUUUAAUCUGACUUCAAGCUACCGAUGGGAUUCAGACAUCCCAGUGCCUUACGGUAGGAUCACGUACACCAGAGAGGAAGAGAAAAAAUACACCAUCCCAAAGAAGGACAGAUUAGUUUGUUGGGUAGUAAGUAACUAUAACCCAGACUUUAAGCGUUCACAAUACUACACUGAGUUAGUGAAAUCCGUUAAAGUGUCGGUUUAUGGCAGGCAGUUCAACAAUGCAGUUAAUGGUGAAGAGUAUACAAAUUUAGUGUCCAGUUGCAAGUUCUACCUGUCUUUUGAGAAUUCCAUCCAUAGAGACUACGUGACCGAGAAGCUGUUCAAUGCUCUGGUGCUGGGUGCCGUUCCUGUCGUUCUUGGCCCUCCCAGAGAAAACUAUGAGCUGUUCCUGCCGAGCGAAGCCUUCAUCCACGUGGAUGACUUUCCGUCCGCAAAAGAACUGGCCGAACAUCUGAAACUCCUGGACCAAAAUGAGGACCUGUAUAAACGGCACUUCACCUGGAGAGAACGUUUCGUUUCAAAAACAAACAUCUUUGGUCUUGAACACGCCUGUCGGAUCUGUGAUCAUAUUAGAAGGAAUAAGCACUAUAAAGUGGUCAAAGAUCUCAACAGCUGGUUCUGGAGUUGAGGGCACUUUAAGAGACGCUGAUCACGAGUAAGACCUUUCGGUAACACUUUACAAUAAGGUGCCAUUUGUUAACAUUACUUAAUAUAUUAACUAACAUGAACUAACAAUGAGCAACGCAUUUAUUACAGUAUUUAUUCAUCUUUGUAAACUUUCGUUCAUGUUAGCUCACAGUGCAUUAACUAAUGUUAACAAACACUACUUGUGAUUUUAAUAAUGCAUUAGUUGUUACCAACAUUUAACCUCCUUUAGUUUUAACAGUCAGGGUAGUAGGGAGAUGUGGGCCACCUUAACAUGUUUACUGUUCCAAUGUCAGUGCAUUAUGUUAUUUUCUGCAGAAUGAAGGAUAAAAAGAUAUUAUUAUUAUUAUUUUAUUUUUGUGUGUGUGUGUUGUAAAUAAACUCACCUGCCAAUCAUCCAUGCACUUUAACAGAUGAUUUAAACUUUCAUUUAUUGUUGUACUAUUUUUAUGCAAUGUAACUUAACUGAUGUUAAAAUCAAGGUGACGUCAAAAACUGUGACGAUGUUGAUUUGCUGUAAACGGAAUGUCAAACAUAACCCAUACGCACAAUAAACUGGUUUUAGUGUGGGA